UGUGCGCUGCUCGAAGGUGAAAACGCAGUCGCAGGCAUGUGGCAGCCGCCACAGCGACGACAAAUCGUUCAAUCGACAUUUAUUCCUCGCCGGUUGUUUGUCAGCAUGUUUUCGUUAGCCGUCGACGGAUAACUGGUCGUGGGAGCGAUGCCCGUCGAUCUCAAUCGCCUCGCCGAUGGCUGGCUCGAACUGGAAAGCGACCCAGGCUUGUUCACGCUUCUACUGGAGGAUUUCGGCGUGAAAGGCGUGCAAGUUGACGAGAUAUACGAUCUUCAGAAAUCCAUAGAGGGGCCCGUGUACGGCUUUAUAUUCCUCUUCAAAUGGAUCGAAGAAAGGAGGUCGCGGAGGAAAGUAGUCGUGCAGGAGGAGAAGUUUGUCGAGAAAGAGGAAAUCGUCAAUUCCAUCUUUUUCGCGCACCAGAUUGUUCCAAACUCGUGCGCCACGCACUCGCUUUUGAGCAUUCUGCUCAACUGUUCCAAGAUCUACCUGGGUUCCACUCUGACGAGGCUGAAAGAGUACACCCGAAACAUGGACCCUGAGAAUAAGGGCUAUGCAAUUGGCAACACUCCCGAGCUGGCGAGGGCACACAACACGCACGCCAAGCCCGAGCCCCGGCAGCCCCAGGAAAAGCCCCACGGCGUCCCCAUGGGUCGGACCAUGGAAGCAUUCCACUUUGUCAGCUACGUGCCCAUCGAUGGCCGCUUGUACGAACUGGACGGCCUGAAACCGUACCCCAUUGACCAUGGGCCGUGGCUUCCUGGUGAAGACUGGACGGACAAGUUUCGCAUGGUAAUUACCGAGAGGCUUGGCGGUGGGGACAUCCGUUUCAACCUCAUGGCAGUGGUUCCCGACCGGAGACAGGCCUACGAACAGAAGCUGCGAACGCUGAGGACAAAUCGUGGCAUCGUUCUAGAGGCACUUCAGCAAAUGGUUCGUGACCAGCCAGCACUAGAUGGCCACAACUACGCUAAGAGCCCCCUCAUGGAGGCACACUCCCCUGCACCCAGUUCGGGCUCUUCUAGCACGGACACCGCUUCCGAGGUGGGCAGUGCGUUCAACUCUCCCGUACGAGGGUCGCCACCGGGCGCGUCACCACCACCGCAGCAACUCGCCAGUGGUGAUAUAGACCGGCUUGUCGUGGUCAGGCUAGGAGAGGAGCAUCCGUUUGCGCCGCACGACUUGCUGGCUCUGCUGAAGACGGUCGAAGCUGAAAUCAAUGCCUGCGAGGGCGCGCUCAAGGACGAAGUCGACAAGAGGCAUAAAUAUGUGGUGGACGACUGCCGGCGGACGCACAACUAUGACCAGUUCAUCUGCACGUUUUUGUCCAUGCUCGCCGAGCAAGGAAAGCUGGCUGACCUCGUUGAGCAGCAGCUUCAGCCCAAGCGCCGCCUGCUUGCCAAACAGCCCGACCGCAAACGGCGUCCCGCUGCCAAGGCCAAGCGACGACGUUGAAGUUUUGUUGCGCGCAUUUGUUCCUGCCCCUUGGUGAACCCCCACUGUCUGUUUGUGCAGCUGCAAUUGCAUUUCUUGUGUGUCCAUUGUGACUGACUAAGCAUUAAGGGGGGGACACUGCUCUUAACGUUUCUUUUUUUGUUAUUUCUUGAUCAAUUUUGAUGAAACUUGCAGAGUUUACGUAUAUUCGUUUGCUGACUUUUCAAGUAUACUAGCAUAUACUAUAUACCGUAUUUACUCGAAUGUAGUGUGAGUUUCUCUCCAGAUUCUUGCUACCUAAAGUUGACCCUCACGUUACAAUGGAAUACCAAAAUAACUAUUUUUUUCUUCCUGUACGCAACGAAGUCACCCCUCGCAUUACAAUUGAGUAAAUACGGUACUAUACUAGCUUUCAAGAAACUAGAGAGAAAAACGCGGUCUCAUGACGGAUGCCGUUACAGAGUGUUUGACGUCUGUGUGAAUCGGGCCUAAGUGAUUGUUCCGACAAAAGCGGGUCUGUCUGUCUUUUGUGACAGAGCUCGCUUUUUACGCACUGUGGACCAGUUUUCAAAAUACGAACUAUAUGUAGUUUUCAAAAUACAAAAUAUUUCAUGUGCCUUUUGGGGGAGCAAGAUUUUUUUCCUAAACCGAAAGAGUUUCGAAGUAAAUCAGCAUAUCGCAAUAAUCUGGUGGAACUGUGUGCAGUGCAACAAAAAUGGAUGUUCUAAACCCAUUUAAAUGGUAUGUUGAACAUUCACAAGUGAGUCCAGCUGGAAUUUCGUUCACAAAUGUUCGACAUAGCACAACUUUUGUUCAGAUAGGUUUAGAACAUAAACUUUUGUGGCACUGCACACACUUCCGAUUCCACAUUAUUGUGAUACGCAGAUUUACUUUGUAACUCUCAGUUUAGCGAAAAUCUUGCUCCGCAAAAGGCACAUGAAAUGUUUUGUAUUUUGAAAACUACACUUUAUACUAGAAAAAUAACUGCAUAUGUGAAAUCGGUGCACAAUUAUAGUACACAGACUCGGCAAGUUCCAUAAAAAUCUAUCAAGAAACACAAAUUUUUCCAAGUGUCGUGUCCUCCCCUCCGUGACAGCACCGAUGUGACACCAUGUGUGCAUUUCCGUUUACAUGUGCUAGCCAAUAUCGCUAGACUCUGUCACGUCUCUUAUCUCGCACUGUUCACCGUAAGUGGUCGUAACCGAGGGGAGAUGCAACGACCAUGUCGGCGUUUCUGCAUUUCCCGCAGCCGCCUGUCAAAUGUUUCAUCAUGGCGUCUGCGUUCCUUGUGAUGCAGCAGUUUUAUCGCCGCUUUUUCUUCGAAAAUUAUACGCUGUCAAUAUAUUAGAGCAUUGUCUAACGCUAUCGGCAUGCCAGUAUUUAUGAGAAACUUUUGAGGAAAACGCGGUCUCAUGACGGAUGUCAUCACGGAGCGUUUGACAUAUAUAUGUCAGUCAGCCCCGAGCCUAAGUGACUGUUCUUACAAAAGUGGGCCUGUCUGUUUUGUGACAGAAGCAGUUUUUUUUUUACGCACUGUGGACCAGUAUAUACAUAAAAAAAAAAGAAUGCUAGACUUGGGUUCUUGAUCAUUUAUAAGUCCUU